AUCUGCCUUAUCCAAGAUAAAAGGGUAUUAUAGGAACACAAACACACAUUAAAAUUAAAAAAACAAAAAGAAAAAGGAAACCUUAUAAUAGGCCAUGCUCACUUUCCUUUGCAAAACUCCAUCAGCUUUUGGUGUAAACAACUCAUCCUCUCUCCCAUUUUUUGCUUUCAAGCGCACUUUUCAAAUGGCUCGAUCUGCACUGGAUGAAAUGUCAGAUUCUGGGGCUUUUAUGAGAACUGCUUCAACAUUUCGUAAUAUCAUCUCUCGUGACCCAAAUUCUCAGUUUCCUCCUGAGUCAGGAAGGUAUCAUCUGUAUGUAUCUUAUGCUUGCCCUUGGGCUUCCAGGUGCCUUGCAUUCUUGAAGAUCAAAGGGCUUGACAAAGCCAUCAGUUUCACGUCAGUCAAAACUAUAUGGGAGAGAACAAAGGAAACUGAUGAGCAUAUGGGAUGGGUUUUUCCCACCUCUAAUACAGAAGAGCCAGGUGCUGAACCUGACCCUUUUAAUGAAGCAAAGAGUAUAAGGGAACUAUAUGAGCUUGCAAGUACAAACUAUACUGGGAAGUACACAGUUCCUGUCCUAUGGGACAAGAAAUUCAAGACUAUUGUUAGUAAUGAGAGUGCAGAGAUAAUCCGCAUGCUUAAUACUGAAUUCAAUGAUAUAGCAGAGAAUCCUGCUUUGGACCUAUAUCCUCCUCAUUUGAGAGCUCAAAUUGAUGAGACAAAUGAAUGGAUAUACAGUGGAAUAAAUAAUGGUGUUUACAAAUGUGGGUUUGCAAGAAAGCAAGGGCCUUAUGAUGAGGCUGUGAAACAAUUAUAUGAAGCUUUGGACAAAUGUGAGGAGAUUCUUUCCAAGCAGCGGUACAUUUGUGGAAACAUUCUGACUGAGGCUGAUGUUCGACUUUUUGUUACCCUCAUAAGAUUUGAUGAGGUCUAUGCAGUUCAUUUCAAGUGCAACAAGAAGCUUCUGCGGGAGUACCCAAAUUUGUUCAACUAUACCAAAGACAUUUACCAAAUUCCUGGCAUGAGCAGUACAGUGAAUGUGCAACACAUCAAGAAGCAUUACUAUGGAAGCCAGCCUUCUAUAAAUCCUUUUGGGAUAAUUCCUCUUGGCCCAAAUUUUGAUUAUUCUUCUCCACAUGACCGAGCAAGAUUUUAUGCAUAGACUCUAUGUAUCCCAGACUGUAUCUAUCCCAGACUGUAAGCUGUUCUGUAUUUUGGUGGGUGAUGCUGUGAUGCUCGUUGUUCGUAUAGACAACUUCUCUCCUCACAUCUGUGAAGAUGAGUUAAUUCUCAAAAAAGGAGGUAUCUACUCUCUUAGAUAAAGGUUUUUACAACAUAGGAGUACGUUUUCUAACACAAUGGAAGGAGAAAAAAAAGAAAAGAAAAGAAGAGUAACAAAGUUUUAAUGUUGGUCACUUCAUUAUGCUCUUUGUUGUAUCAGAAUAAUGUCUGUCUCUACAAAUACACUACAAGCAUAUUAUGUCAUGUACCUCUGAUGUUUCCAGUGCACGUAAAGAAGUUUUUUCUUUAGUAA